CUGGCUGGCCGGGACGGUCACAUCCCGCUGCAGGGGCCGGCGGAGCAGCCGCACUGCCUCCCGCACCCGGACUCAGGCCAGCGGCCAGGCCGCGCCGGCACCGCCCCCUGCUCGAGGACAGACUACGCGGCCCGUCCGAGCUCUGGGGGCCCCGCAGCCCCGCGGCCGGCUCCCGCUACGCCUCCGCUCGCCCUCUGCCCGCAGCUCGGUCCCGCGCUGCCCCCCGCGCCGGGCCCGCGCCGGGAUGGGGUAGGGGCAGCGCCACGGAGUCGGGCGAUGGGCCGCCCUCUGGGCACCGAGCAGCCCCCCGAGGCCUGACCGAUCGCGAGGACCGGCGGAGGAGCCCCGCCUGGAUGUCAAGCGGAUGCCCCAGUGCCUCCCAGCGGACUCGGUGGGGACCAUGGCUUCGCUGAUGCCCCUCUCCCCAUAUUUAAGCCCCACGGUCCUCCUGCUGGUCAGUUGUGACCUGGGCUUUGUGCGAGCAGACCGGCCUCCCUCUCCUGUGAAUGUGACAGUCACUCACCUCAGAGCCAACUCGGCCACUGUGUCCUGGGACGUCCCAGAAGGCAACAUCGUCAUUGGCUACUCCAUUUCCCAGCAAAGACAGAAUGGCCCUGGACAGCGUGUGAUCCGGGAGGUGAACACCACCACUCGGGCCUGUGCCCUCUGGGGCCUGGCCGAAGACAGUGACUACACAGUGCAGGUCAGGAGCAUCGGCCUGCGGGGAGAGAGCCCCCCAGGGCCUCGAGUGCACUUCCGAACUCUCAAGGGUUCUGACCGGCUACCCUCAAACAGCUCAAGCCCAGGUGAGGGUCUCAGCUAUUCUCCAUUCCCUAAACUUUGGAUUCUCUGGCUUUUUACCUGGCCUUUAGCCUCUUGUUUAUUUCCCCAACCAGUGGUGUUGCUCAUGUGGGCUGCUGUAAUUGGGCUAUUCUGCCGCCAGUAUGAUAUCAUCAAGGAUAAUGACUCCAACAACAACCCCAAGGAGAAGGGAAAGGGGCCGGAACAGAGUCCUCAGGGAAGGCCAGUGGGGACAAGACAGAAAAAGUCCCCAUCCAUCAACACCAUCGAUGUAUGAAUGAAGAAACAGAACCAGAAAACAGAUGCACUAGCAACCUGGGGAUGGGGAUGGGGUCAGGGAGAGCCCCAGCUGGUGAUCUGCCCAAGACUGAAGGAUCCCAGUUUCCUAAAGGGUAAUGACACUCCCACAACCUCAGGCCUGGUACCCGUCCUCUUUCCACUGUGAGCAGGGCCAGAAGGUAGGUCUUAGGGUCUGCACCCCUGGACCUGGGGAAUGGCUAUCAGAUGGGAUACGUCCUUCCAUCCCCCAGGUCCAGGGGAGAGUCACUUACUCAACUGUAUCCCAUUAGGUCCCAAACGGGACCCCCAUUUCACCCGCGUCAGGACUCUCGGCAUCCCCAGCUGCCCCCACAUCUUGCCUCUGGGUCUCAGAGAGGGGUGUUUCUUUGGGGACUCCCCCUCCCCCAGCAAAUAAAAGGAAAUGUCUGGGUCUGGAGGCAGAUGCCGCACUGCACUACUCCAAUGUCUUCCAUGGAGCCUCGGGUGCUCCCCCUCUCACCCGGUAGCCCCUCCAGCUGCUGGUGACCUCACCCCUUGGACAUUUUUCCAAUAAAGGUUCUUGGACAAACUGGA